ACCCCCGGGGGAUCUCGACGACCCCCGAAAGCCACCGAGUGCAUUCUGUUCACUCGCAGUUGUGCCUCAGUGUCCGGAGAGUCAAACAAACGUACGCGUCCAAGCGGGCGCGGUCUCAGCCACCCGAAACUGGCGUUAAAUAUCAGUAAAAAAUGUCAUCCUACGACUGUAUGGACUUGUGCCGUUUGUGUCUCGUUAAGGAUCGUGUUUCCGUGCCAAUAUUCGAGGGUGAGGGCGAUGUGCGACAGAUUUUUCUCAAAAUCGCUGCCUGCCUACCGGUCAAGGUAGGAAGGGACGACAAAUUGCCCAAGAAAAUAUGCGACGACUGUGUGUACAAAGUAGAAUUACUUUACGACUUUUGGAAUACAACAGCUAACGCUGAGAAACAGUUACUACAAUGGUUAGGGGAAGAUGGAGAGGACAAACAGGGUUACGUGUCGAGUGUUAUGAAUUCAGAACUGAUGAAGCAAGAGACUGCAGAGAACAGACUGGACAGCUCAGCGAUGCAGACAGAGGAGCACCAGAACAACAUGAACAUGAACAUGAUGGACCAAAUGGGACUGACAAUGCCAAUAAUCAUGUCCACAGACCAGCAACAAAUCACCUCAGUACCUAUGGCAUCGAGUGGAAAUAAUAUUCAAGCUGUACCUGGUACAAGUUCACAAUCGUCUAGGGGAAGGAAGAGUGGAAACAAUGAGGAUGACGAGGAGGAGAGCGAGGAGGAUGAGAAUUCCGACGACGAGUGUGAUAAUGAUGGAGGAAUAAAUGUGAAAGAGGAAGCCCCAGACACUGGUAGAAACGUGGAGCCAUCGUUCGUCAACGUAUCAAUACCCUGUGACGAGGCUGGACCGUCUGGCCUCCAGCAACAGAAGCUCACAGAGAUGCCUGAAAUGGUAAUGGCCCAAUCAUCAGAAGGCGAUCCCAAGUCUGGAGCACGAACUCCAGGAGUCCACUUCUGCCAGAAAUGUCAGAUAGAAUUCCCCCUGGAGAGGAUGAUGAGGCGCCACAGGAGAUUUCACACGGCGGCUAUGAAUAAAAACCUUCAGAGGGAUCCUCUAACGACGAGCAAACCCACGAGACUGAGAGUCCACGAGAAACCAUGUGAAGUCUCCCCCCAACUUGGGAAGAAAAAAAUCACCAAAACCUCGUCCUCAUCGUCCUUAAAGCAAGAAAGCCCAGAAGUCAUUGAGGAAGAAGCCCUGGAGGAGGACCUCCUCGAGGAGAUCGAGUCGUCCCUUCCCCAGGACCCCUCGAAACCCAGCAUGGAGGUCUACAGGAUCACCCUCCGCCCCAAGAAGCCCACCCCCUCCCCCCUGAAAUGCGACAUGUGCAGCUACUCGUGUUCAAAACGAAACACCCUCUACGCGCACAAGCGAAAGCACAGCCUGGGGGUUCAGCCGGAAGUCUUCUGCUGUGGUGAGUGUCCCUUCAAGACGACGAAGAAGGCCUCUCUGUACUCCCACCUCUGGAAGAAGCACAAGGACCCGAAGGAGAAGGAGCCCGAGCUCUUCUCCUGCAGUCAAUGUGACUACAAAAACAAGAAUAAGUACGAGUUGAAGGUGCACAUAACGAGGAAGCACACUGACGACUACAAAUUCUCGUGUGAAACCUGUGGUAAGAAGUUCAAAGUGAAAGGGGAUUUGACGAAUCACGUGAGAUUCACUCACAGAGAGCAGCCGGUGAUCUGCGACGUCUGUGGGAAAACCUGUCUCAACAGCAAUUCUCUCUACGUGCACCAGAAGUUUGCGCACUACAAGGCGAAAUACGAGUGCCCAAUCUGCAAGAGACGAAUGGUAACUCAGGAGAACCUCGACGAGCACAUGCUCCGACAGCACGAGAAGAGGGAGAACGUCGUGUGCGAGGAGUGUGGAAAGUCAUUCUCGAGGAAUAGCAGACUCAAAGUUCAUAUGAGGAUUCACACUGGGGACAGACCGUACAUCUGUCAUGUUUGUAAUAAGGCUUUCGCGAGGAGAACAGCGUUGAAGCAACACCUGUUGAUUCACACUGGGGUGAGACCGUACGUCUGUGACAUCUGCGGAAAGGCUUUCACACAGAAGCCAGGGCUUAUCAGCCACAGAAAGUCACAUCCUGGGACGCACGACAAUCACGGCCUCUUCAUCUUCGAUCGCGCCUCAGUGGUAAUGCGAAAAUGGCAGAUACUGGAGUUCGACGGAAAGCCCUACUACGCCUUCGUCCCCGAGAACGAGGAGCCCCUGGACCCCGACGAUAUCCCAAGCCUGGACGACCCCGAGGAGCCCCCCAGCACAACAAAACUGAAGCUAGAGGCUCUAGAAUCCGACGAAGAAGCCCUGGAGAACGACGAGAGCUUCUACGACUACCAGCUGUCGUCCCCCGAGGACCAGGACCCCGAGGACUCCUCCCAGGACGUGAAACCCAUUCUCCUGAACGGAAUAACAGACACUGGAAAAUCCGACGAGGGGGAUUUGUACCAGGUGAAGAUCGAGGGUAGUGUUAUCACGCUGGAGAAGCUAGCAGAGGACGUGCAGGCCUCAAAAUCAUCGGAGUCAAUUCUCCCGGAGCUCGAGGAUGACCAGACGGCCGACGAAGACGCUCACCAGGAGCCCUCGGACCACGAGGAGCCCGACAGACUCGAGGACGACGAGGAGCAGCCCCAGGAGGUGCCGAAUUACGAGAAGAAACGCGAGCUAGAGGCGAUUGAAUUCGUGGGAGUCGACGCCGAGGACGAGGACGAGGAGCAGGUGGACGACGUCGAGGCCGUUUCCCAGAAGUCGGAGGUCUCCCCUCAGGCCUCGACGAAGCAGAAAAAAACUAGGUACAGGCAGGCGUUGCCAACAGCCUCAGUAACGCUCAAGUGCAAGGUCUGCGGGGAGACCUUUGGCUCGGCGAUAGCCUUCAGGAAGCACGUGGCCUGGACCCACAAGAAGAAGGUCUGCAUCCAGGAGGACGGGGCCUUCAUCUGCGCGGUGUGCGACUACAGAACCCUGAAGAAGAGUCUGUUUGCAGCGCACCUCGAGAGGAAGCACGAGACCUGGCCGAGGAAGGGCCAGGGGACUCUGGUGUUUCCCUGCGCUGUCUGCGGUUUCGUCUGCAGGUCCAAGCACUCCCUCCAGUCCCACUUCAUCAGAAAGCACACGGACAAGUACGAGCACCAGUGCAAGUUCUGCCCCAAGAAGUUCAAGGUCAAGGGGGAUCUGACGAACCAUGUGAGGUUUCAUCACAAGGAGAAGCCGAUUAAUUGCGACGUUUGUGGGAAACUCUGUCAGAACACUGGGUCUCUGUAUGUUCACCAGAAGUGGGCGCAUUACAAGCCGAAGUACGAGUGCUCAAUCUGCAAGAGGAGGAUGGUGACUCAGGAGAACCUCGAUCAGCACAUGGUGACGCAGCACGAGAAGAGGGAGAAGAUCGUUUGUGCGGAGUGUGGGAAGACCUUCACGAAAAAGGAUUCGUUCAAGAGGCACAUGGCUGUGCACACUGGGAGCAAGCCUCACGCCUGUCCAAUUUGCUCGAAACCGUUUGCCAGGCAGUCUCAGCUGAGACAGCACGUGCUCAUUCACACCGGGAAGAGGCCUUUUGUGUGCGAUAUCUGUGGGAAGGCGUUCACUCAGAAGCCGGGGCUAAUCUGCCACAGGAAGACACAUCCCGGACCUCAUCCACCCCUUCCUGUCAUGCCUAUUGCGGAUUUGGUGAAUGAGUUCACGGCUGAGUACCUUCAGGAGACUAGCAAUGUCGGGCAAGAGGACGAGGAGGAGGAGGAGCUCGAGGGGGAGGAGGAGGAGGAGGUCGAGCAGAUCGACGAGAUCAGCGAAUACGCGCCGAUGCCCUACAUCAAAGUGAAGCAGCUGAAGGACCUGCAGGAGACGCCCCCCCAGCCGCCCCUCAUGAAGAAUCUCCUGCUGAUGGACGGUUACAAGCUGAAGCUCACGUGCAAAGUCUGCGCCGACGUAUACUUCGGGGCAUCGACAGACCCCGCAGCCCGCGAAUUCGCUCGAGUCCACCAGAAUGUUCACAGCCACAAGUGCCUCAUCUGCCCGAAGAGGUACCUCCGCAAGGAGAACCUAGUGGCCCACCUGUCUGACUCCCACAGAGGCGACUGUUUCUUCUGCGACAACUGUCCUCACGCAGUGCGGGACAAGAAUUUUCUGAUAAGACACAUGAAGAAGAAGCACCCCGAACUAGUCGACGAAGAGGACAUGAGCGAUAAAUACAAGAGUCUGAAGCAGCUGAGAAACCGCGAGGUGGUGGUUUACCAGAAUCGUCUGCCCACCGAGAUGAACAGUGGCCUGAAGCAGUUGAGAAACCGCGACGUUCUGGUGAGGGAGGAGAAGGAGGAGAACUUCGUCUGUCACCACUGUGGCUACGUGACAAAGGACAAGGCCAAGUUGGCGAGCCACGCGGCCCGGUACCACAACCAGCAGAAGUAUCCGUGCAAGAAGUGCAAGAAGAUAUUGCUGACGCAAGAGGGUUUUGAGAAGCACAUGGAGAGCCACAAGCAGCCACCAAAGACGUACACCUGCGACGAGUGUGGAAAAAACUUUGCGGGAGCCUGGAAUCUCAGGAAGCACAUUUUGUCGCACAGUGGGGUGAAACCACAACAGUGCACCAUUUGCGAACGCAGGUUCUCGUCGAGGAGCUCGUUGAGGCAACACUUGUUGACGCACACGGGGAAGAGGCCGUACGAGUGCGAUAUCUGUGGCAAAACGUUUGUGCAGAAGCCAGCGUUGACGGGACAUCGCAGACAACACGGGGGCAAACUUCCACCCAUGCCCAAAGUUUAUAUUGAUUCUUUUAUUAAGGAGGUCGCUCCCAGUGCUAUCAGCCACCUUUCGAAGACACCGGUGGAGCAAAAUUUCAGAUUCCCCAGAAAGCGUUCGACGAAGAAAAAUCCAAGAACGGGUCACAAGUGUUCCCACUGCAGCGCAAGUUUCUCCCACGUGAUGAAGCUGGUGGAGCACCUGAAGAACACCCACAGCGUGACGCACGCCUUCAGCUGUGACGAGUGCGGAAAGACAUUCAGAAGCCCAAUGAACAUCGCAAGACACAAGAUCAUUCACUCGGGCGUGAAGAAGUACAAGUGCGAUUUGUGUGACUACAGCUGCCACCAGAAGACAAACCUAGAGUUCCACAAGAAGCGACACAUGCGGGACUUCGGAUUCAAGUGCAAUCUCUGCGAGAAGGCAUUUCUCUUCAAGUGUGAGCUGCUGGCUCACGAGAAUGUCCACAAGAAUAUAAAGGCUUUCAGGUGCGAGCAGUGCGGAGCUGCUUACAUCCACAGGAAGAACCUGCUGGUCCACGAGAGGCAGUAUCACGGAGAGAAGAAGAACAGUGGAGCUGUCCAAAAGAAGUCCUCGAAGGUCCUCUGCGCGACCUGCGGCAUGAAGCUGUCCAGCAGGAGCGCCCUGAGGGCUCACGAGACCAUUCACACAGGCGAGAAGAAGGAAAUCUGUGAUAUUUGUAAGAAGGGGUUCGCCACAAAGUCGGGCUUAGUCGUCCACAGGAGGAGUCACACCGGGGAAAAACCGUACAGCUGCAACCAGUGCAGCAGGGAAUUUGCGCAGAAAACGUCUCUCAUCAUUCACCUGAGGUACCACAACAACGACAGACCUUAUUCCUGCAAGAGAUGUGGGAAAGGAUUCGUCUCGAGGACUCGUCUUACUAGUCACGUAAUCAAAGUUCAUGGGGUGGUUUGAGGGGGCGAUAGGAGAGACGUCAUCUAGAGGGAGGGAAAAUUUAUUGGGUAAUUAAGUUCUUUGCAUUUUCCACUGUUUCUAAUCAAUUUAAUUGAGCUGAGGAUGCAAUAAAGUAUUGAUCUGCCAGGAUAUUUGA